GGGCGAGAUCUGGAGCGCGGAUGCUGCCGCCGCCAUCUUAGGGUGUCAGCAGCACUCUUGAGAUGGGUUUGCCAGCACAGACGGUGGCCAGGUACCAACCCUCAGAGCCUGUCUUUGGGAUGAUAGCUCCAGAGCUCCUUGAAGAUGUUCUGCUGCAAAUGGCCAAAGAGAAUGAAAGGAGUUUACGACAGCUGUGUGACAAGAUGGGCUUCUUCAAGGAGACACAGAUAGUGGAGUUCGUGCUGCUUUUGUCUGAAAAAUGGAGCCUGCCUGAAUUUGCAAGAUACCAAGCAAUUGAAAUAUUUGAAAGGUUCAUGCUUACACUUACUCAGGAGUUCUCCUUUUCCACGGGAGCCGAGGACAAAGAAAGCAACUGUGUCUUCGCGAGACAGCAGAUGGUUGACACGUGUGUGCUGCGCCUCAUCUCCUGCAUCCAGCUAGCCAGCAAACUUUCCUUCCACUACAGUAUAGUCAGCAAUGCUGUGGUCCUGAAGUUCCUUCAGUCUAUGGGCUUCUCCUAUACUGCCAAGGACUUGCUAGAAUCAGAACUGGCUAUUCUGAAGGCUCUGCAUUUCCAGAUCAAUGUUCCGACCCCUUUAGCUUACACUGAGAUGCUUUUGGAGGUUUUAGGGUACAAUGGCUGCUUGCUUCCUACGGAACAGAUGCAUACAAUGUGCCGACAUCUGUUGGCUUUAACAUACCUCCUGCGCGUCAGCAUCUACAGCACCCUGCUGAAGGCGUCAAUUGAAAACACGUCACCAAAUAAACUCCAGCUUGCCAAGUUUGCAGCAGUGAAAGAAGAUCUGAUGCUGCUGGCUGUGGGAGUCAUUGGGGCAAGUGCUUUUCUGCUCCACACUGAAGACUGGAGCCGGGUUGCCGAGAACCUCAGCGACACCACCGGCAUCAGCACGCAAAGCAUUGUUGAGAUAGUCAAUGCAAUCUUGAAGCACAGCGUGGACUACGCUCUUGAUGAUGGCUAAAAGGCUCCUCCGUAACCAUCAGUGUCCUGCAAUCUCCCACAUGCACAUUUAUUAAAGCAUUUAUAUCACCUUU